UCUGUGACAAUUGACAGCGGUUUGCAUAAUAUUUUUCAAAUGCAUUUAAAAUAACGGUUUGACGUUGAACAAAGUAGGAUUUAAUUGGAUUUUGUUUUAAGUAUUUCAUUGAGUUUACCAUGUCUAAAAAUUUUAUAACAAGAUAUCGAGGUGAAAUUUACAAUACACCUACUGGAAAAUUAUAUAUCAAAGAUGAACCAAUCUCACCAACUGAAGAAGAUUUUGGUGUUCACUAUAACUUGGACUAUCCCAUAGAAGACAACUAUGCUAUGAAAAAAUCACUUUCUAUGAACGACAUAGCUUCGCUCAGAGAAGAUUUUUUAAAACUUGAGGUUACUAGUAACCAGGAUGAUAUGUAUUCUAGAUACAAGAAACAUUGUGAAACCCAAAUGCUAUCAAAAACAAAGUUUGUUUCCGUGGCCGAAGCAAUAUAUCACUAUCAGAGAGAUACACCAGACAGGUUUCACUCAUCCAGACCUCGCAUAUUCCGUCCUCAACGUAACACGGGACACACUGGACUGACUGUGCCCCAAUCACCAAUGUUAAGAUGUAAGGCUCGUUCUCGCCCUCAACAUGUACUCUCACAGAAAGAAAAGGAAGAAAUGGAACUUCAAGAAAUUAAGAAAUUUAAAAUAAAGGCUAAUCCUAUUCCCAAAAGUGUAAUUGAAGGCCCUAAGCAUCUUCCAGAAGUGUCUAAGAAGCCUAUCACAGUUCCAGAACCCUUUAAUCUGACUGAAAUACAAAAGAAGGUCGCUCAGUCCCCUGACCAUGUUCAAAAUUUCAAGGCAAGACCUGCACCUAAACAUAUUCUAGAGAAACCACAUAUCCCUACUAAGCCACCAUCAUCUUUAACAAAACCGGUUAGCCCCAAAUUUCAUUACAAGCGAGCAAAUUCCGCCGAUCACAUCAAAAAUGAUAUUAAAAUUAGUAAUCCACCUGUUAAUGCCAAAAAGGCAGAAAAGUGUGAAAAAACUGUACAACGUCUUGGUCCUGUGAAACCUGAACCAUUUUCGUUUGAGAAGAGAGAUGAAGAAUUAAAGAGGAAGAGAGAAGAACGCAUCAAGCAGCAGAUGGAGGAGGAACGGAGGCUUGCAACUCAAUUCAAGGCCCAGCCGUUGCCAGCGGCUGUGAAGAAAAGGAUGCAGAAUGUUCAUUCUAGUCAUCCAUCAGAUGCCUCAUCUGAAAACAAAGAAAACCAAACCCAUGCAAAAUUUGAAGCAAAACCUCCAGUUGUUCUCUACAAGGAGCCUUUCAAACCGGUACUUAAACCAGUCCAACUGAAAAAACCGAUGCCAUUCGAUUUAACAACAACAAAGAGAGCUGCUGAAAGAGAACUGUUUGAAAAGCAAUUGAAAGAGAAAGAAGAGGAAAAUGAAAGAUUGAGACUUCAAAAGGAAAGAGAAAAACAAGAGGCUGAGGAACGAGCUAUAGCUGAAUUAAGAGCGAAGCUGGUACAUCACGCCAAACCAGUACCAGCAUUACACCCAUUCAUUCCUGGAAAGUCUGAUGCACCUAUAACAGUUCCAGAAACACCUAAAUUUGUUAGAAGAAUGAAACAACAUUAACUAGACUUUAUUUUAGAUUUUUAUUGAUCAUGAAUAUCUUUACUUUUAGACUAAUUUAGUUUCUAAAUGACAUGUUCUUGUUAUAAACUUGUCUGUAAUUAUGGACUGUGCCAAUUUUUUAAAAUAAUGGGCUGUAAAUUUUCAAACUGAAUAUAAAUACAGAAAACA